CUUUAUUGACAGAUAUGUUUCCCAGCUUACAUAUCAGCUUCCCAAAGCUUCAAAAUUUGGAAUAAUUAUAGGAAGAAAAUAUAUAAUACGUCACCUCCCCCACGUGUGAACAGGAAGAGGAUAGUGGUUCUUCGCAAGGUAGUCGUGCUCUAGCUUCACUGCAUACUUAUAAUCCGCGAGAAAUAUCUACGCACAAGAAAAUAUCUCAGAUGCCUGCAAUCUCAUGGCCACCAGUAGGGGCAAGAGAUUAGAUAUCAACUCGGCUUCCGUAGAUGACUUAGCAGGCCUAGUUGGUAUUGGAAGAACCAAGGCAGAGGCCAUCUUUGACUACAGAAAGAAAUUUGGAGCAUUUGCUAGUGUUAGUGACUUGCGACGAGUUCCUGGCAUCGGUCCAGGUGCUUUGGAAGAAAAUCUGGGCAAAUUGACAUGUAACAAAACAAGGAGACAGAAAAAAUUUGAAAGCAGCAGCAGGGAGUUGCGCGGCAGAAGGUGCAUGGCAGAGAAGAGCAGGGCAGAACAACCAGGCAGCAGUUGUAAUCCCCAACAUGACGAGGUCUCACCUUCAGCAUCAGGCGGGGAGGUAGAAAACGAACAGAUAACUUGCACUUGUCAGGAUUCAAACCCGACACAAGAUGUAGACUGUGGUAUAAAGAACCCAGGGAGCACGAGGGGGGUGGUGGUGGAGACGUUUGCCUGUAGGUGUAGUAGAGCUUCUGAAAACCAGCCCAGUCACUCCAGUGAGGCUUGUGGCUGUGGCAACAGUGAGUUGAAGUGUCAGAGCAGGCACAGUUCCCAGAGUGCAGACUCACAGUGUGCUGAUUGUGUUAGAGAAGACCAUUGUUCUGAUUGCGCUAGAGAAGACGCCAGUUCCCCAUGUACACAUGCUAAUAGUAAUGGAGAGGCAUCCGGGGGACUGGCCAGUCCCAGUAAUACAAGGAACGAUCAACAAUCUCAGUCUAAUCACUGUGACAGUGUCUCAGAAAAGGGUGAUGAGGAUGAGGAUAGAGAUGAGGAAGAUGAGGAUGAGGACUUGCAGUUAGAGGAGGAGGAGGAGGAUUUGGGUGUGUUUUCGGACAGGGAAAACAGUCUAGAGGACCAACCUGUCCUGUGUAAUAGUAAUGAUAACACUAAUGGCCUCUCCACAGCAUACCAACAGUUAAAUAUUGCCUCUUCUGUGGCAGAGGGGGCCUUCCCUUCUCUACAUGAUGACACUGAGGAGGAAGAAGACCCCAUUGAUACAUGCAGCAGACAAGAAGAGGAAGAGGAGGAAGGAGGAGAGGAAGAGGACGAGGAAGAAAGAGAUAUGUAUCUGGGCGACAGAAACACUGAAAUGAGAGAUUCUGAGGAUGAAUAUGAAGAUCAGUUUGAGUCGGUCUCUCCUUUCACUUUGCGCUCACGGUUUCCAGGUUCUCUGGACAAGAAUUUGAUGAAAAGAAAAUCAGAGAUCAGCAGUGAUGUCCGUGGUGUUUCACCUGGGAAGAGGCUUAAAGCGGGAGAGUCAUCCAGUGCUCUGUCCAAUGUCUGCCAUAAUUUUGGUACAAUCAAAACAAGUGCAAAUGCUCAACCGAUCCGAAGAAUUCCGUCUCGAAGUCACCCUCCUGAAGGCCUGGCGGACUGGCUGGACACAUUCCUGGGCUGGAGCAAUGCUGAGCGUCUUCUGGCCUUGGAUGAGCUGAUAGAGCUCUGUGAGCCGACACAGGUACGCCAUAUGAUGGCGGUAAUCGAGCCUCAGUUCCAGAGGGACUUUAUUUCAUUGCUACCUAAAGAGCUUGCUCUGUAUGUACUAUCCUUUUUGGAUCCAAAAGACUUACUUCGUGCGGCGCAGACGUGCCGUUACUGGAGGGUGCUUGCUGAAGACAAUCUCUUGUGGCGAGAAAAAUGUCGAGAAGAAAAUAUCGACGAGACUACUGUGUUUGAGAACCACAUCAGGAGGCGGUCAUCAUCCAGUUUUCAGAAGAGCCCGUGGAAAAGCCUUUAUAUGCGUCAGCAUCGUAUUGAACAAAAUUGGAGGACAGGGAAUAUCAGAGAUCCAAAGUUGUUAAAGGGGCAUGAUGACCAUGUGAUCACUUGCCUUGAGUUCUGUGGUACUAGAAUAGUCAGUGGCUCAGAUGACAACACCCUCAAAGUGUGGUCAGCUAUCACAGGAAAGUGCCUGAGGACUUUGGUAGGUCACACGGGAGGGGUGUGGUCAUCUCAGAUGCACGGUAACAUUAUCAUCAGCGGGUCCACUGACCGCACCCUGAAGGUGUGGAAUGCGGACACUGGUCAGUGUAUACACACUCUGUACGGACACACGUCCACGGUCAGGUGUAUGCAUCUGCAUGGAAGCAAGGUUGUUAGCGGAUCCCGAGACGCCACCCUGAGAGUCUGGGACAUAGACUCCGGCCAGUGUCUCCAUGUCCUGAUGGGUCAUGUGGCAGCGGUCAGGUGUGUCCAGUAUGAUGGCCGGAGAGUGGUCAGUGGGGCCUAUGACUACACAGUUAAGGUGUGGGACCCAGAGACAGAGACUUGUCUGCACACACUGACUGGGCAUACUAAUAGAGUGUACUCAUUACAGUUUGAUGGGGUCCACAUAGUCAGCGGCUCACUGGACACAUCUAUCUGUGUGUGGGACGUGGAGUCUGGGAACUGUCUACACACACUGAUAGGGCACCAGUCCCUGACCAGUGGGAUGGAGCUGAAGGACAAUAUAUUGGUCUCAGGGAAUGCAGACUCUACAGUCAAGAUAUGGGAUAUCACCACUGGGCAGUGUCUGCAGACUUUACAAGGUCCCAACAAGCACCAGAGUGCUGUCACAUGCUUACAAUUUAACAAGAAGUUUGUCAUCACAUCCUCGGAUGACGGCACUGUGAAACUCUGGGAUCUAAGGACGGGUGACUUCCUGAGGAACUUGGUGGCAUUGGACAGCGGUGGCAGCGGCGGGGUGGUGUGGAGGGUUAGGUGCAGUAACACUAAACUGGUCUGUGCUGUGGGGAGUCGAAAUGGGACGGAGGAAACGAAACUUUUGGUUCUUGAUUUUGAUGUAGAAGAGAAGUGACUGUAUAUUUGAGGUGUGGAGAUGGGAAGAUCACAAUUACUUGCCAGUAUUGAGACCAGUUAUCCUCGCAGAGCUUCACCACAUUGAAGUUCAGCUCCUCACAAACAGCUGUGCUGCAAACUACCACAGUUUUUUGUUACCUGUAAAUUGAUUUAUUUCAAUCUCCUCUUAGUUGCUUCUGGUGAAAAAGGAAAGGGACAGUACUUAAUUUUCAGUAACUAACAGUCAUUUUCCCAAAAUGAUCAAGUGCACAGUAGCCUUCAUUUUUUGGCCAGGCUGUGAGGAAAGCUUCAGGGUGUGGGUUUGCGGAGAAGGGGGGUUAAGACCAGUAUAAACUUAAGCAUACUCUAGUUCUUAAGGGAGUUUUAAUAAUCACCUCUGACGGCUGCAGGUCAUGCAGCAUGGAAGCCAUAUUACUCCAUGUUAACCACACUGGCAUGUGAUGCUCAGCUUUUCAUGUAAACAGCUUGUGUAAUGGUGGACAGGGCCAGGAGGUGGUGCCAUCUGGUGUUCGUAAUAAUAACAGAGCAGAAGACAUUUCUACAGCAUGAACAAUGGUGCCUUGUAUUGUGCAAAGAAAUUCAGUCAUAAAAGGUAUAAAGUACUGAUUUUUUUUGUUAACCAUGUUUCUUUUAAUAUUGUGGGGGAAGGGUAUUUUGUCAUUUCUAGUUCUUUCACCUGCAUUCUGUUGUCACUUUUUUUUAUCCAGUUCAAAUAUAAUGGUGGGGACACCUAACACUCCAACCAGCAGUCU